GGUGGGAGCGGUGGGAAGGACGCCCCUGCAGCCCCCGGCCUCCAGCUGGAGCCUUCCCCGGAAGAAGCGGGAUGAAGAGCCACCUUCGUACCUGAAGUGGGUGGCUUUCGAAGGCAAGCUGCCCCCUGAUGCUGUCUCCAACUGGAAUGACUACGCCAAGAGGAUGGAGUAUAUCUGCUCAACGGGGCAGCGCGGCUGCAGCACCGAUGCCUACGUCCCCACCCGAGGUCCCUUCUGCUUCUACCCGUUCGGAGGAUGGGAGCGGCAGACCCGCGACUUCAAGUUGUUGGUCAACGUGGGAGGCUUUGAGGCACUGGAUUGGGUGGAUGAUUCCUUUGGCAGUGUGCCCGAAAAUGCCGUGGAGGGUUGCCCACUCGUUGAUGUCUUCAUUGGGAGGAACCGCUAUGGCUUGGGCAAGGUCGCCAAAGUGCAGAGGGCUGCCUUCAUGAUGGUGGACGGUGAGGAGGUUUGGUUCAAGUGGUACCAAGUCUUGGUGGUCAAGAAGGGCCCGGCAGACAUCACCAUCUCUGAUGUCCGCUACAACAUGAGUGGGGCGGUGGAGCGCGGGGAGGACGUCACCUUGAUGAAGACCACGGUGACAAACAAGGGCUGCCAAGGGCUGCGGGAAGCUGUCACCUUGGAGGAGGCCACUGAGAUGGCCCACGACUGGGAGAUGGACCAGAGGGUCUUCAGCACCGUCCGUGGAGUGUUGCAAGCUGCCCUUUUGGCCUUCAAUGGGACGGGCUGGGAGGUCACCAACAUCACCAGCAUCCCCUGGGUAGGGGGAGCCAGCAUCAGCGAGUACGUUGUCCAUACCCACGUGGUGGAGACGGAGGUCCAGCCCCGGACGGGGUGCGCGGUGGCCCUGGAGGGACGGCGGUUGGAUGUCCACAUCCCCUUCAGUGCGCGACUGACCCGGGAUUUUGACCAUGGCCGACCUCACCAUGUGGCUGUGACGGGGUGGAUUCGCAGCCGGGCGGUGGUGGGUGUCCGGGCUGGCGUCACAGAGUGUUGGCCCAUCACCGAUGUCCCACCAUGCCAGGCCUAGGGCGGCUUGGUCUUCUCUUCUCCUUGCAAUCUGCUUUUUCUUUCUUUUUUCUCCCCAAAUAGUGACCAUCUCACCCCAAAAUGAGAUAGCAAUGACCCGAAACGCUUUUAUUUUUGCCUCCUUGCUCUGCAACGGCACGGCGACAACGUGGAAUACAGGAAAAUGCUAUUUUUGCAGUCCGCAUUUUCUAUUUUCCCCCCCA